AUGGCUAAAAACUGUUCUGAUCGUUAUACUAACUUAAUAAAAGUUUUAACAAGAAUUGCUGCGAUUUGUGGUGCUAAUAUUUUUCUACCAAACUUUAGGAUAUACUGGUUAACAUGGAUCGUAAUUAUAGCUAUUAAUGCUUUUAUUGCCUGUACAUUUUAUACGAUGUAUGUCGGGCUGGUAGUGGAUAAUGACUGGAAAGUCAUUUUGCAGACUCUAUGUUUAAUGGGUGGUGCAGUACAGGGUUAUAGUAAACUACUUGGAGCUCUUUUUCAUCGUCCUGCUAUGGUUUCUAUGAAUCAAACAUUGUUUAAUAUUUACAAGCAGUAUGAACAAGAAAAUGAAUUUCUAAAGGUCCUAUCAUAUCGUAUUAAUCUAGCAUCUAAAAUUUUUAAAUUGGUUUUAUGUAUUUAUCUUGGUACCGUGCCCAUUAUUGUUUUGUAUCCUCUAAUUUAUGGCUUAUUGUAUGGUGAGAAAUUAUUUGUGAUGCAGUUUUUAUUGCCAGGCAUAGAUUCUUCUACUCAUAUUGGUUAUAUAAUACAUAAUGUGGUUCAUGUUUUUCUUAUGUGUUUGGGAGGUUUCGGAAAUUUUGCCGGUGAUAUGUACAUUUUUACACUCAUCAUUCAUAUUCCAUUAUUUAAGGACAUUUUAAAAAUUAAAUUUGAGAAAUUAAAUCAAGUAGCUCUUACGAAUUCAAAGAAAUCGAUGAGUCUUUUAAAGGACAUUGUCGAAUGGCAUCAGAAUUAUAAUACGUUUGUGAAGCAAGUUGAACAGUCCUACUAUGGUGUAAUAUUUGUGCAAAUAUUUACUUCUGUGAUGAGUAUUUGCUGCACAAUUUUUUGCAUUAUAACAAGCAGUUGGCCAGCUGCCUUUUCUUAUUUGUUAUACAGUGCAAUCUUUUUGUAUGUAUAUUGUGGACUUGGACAUCUGGUGGAAAUAUCAAAUGAGGAUGUAAUGGAUGUCAUUUACGGCGAUUGUCUAUGGUACGAGCUGACCAUACCCGAACAAAAGUUAGUGCUCUUAAUGUUGCGAAAAUCCCAGCGACCAACAACGUUGACUAUUGGUCAGAUUAUGCCUUUAUCUAUGAGUACUGCACUUCAGCUAACAAAGGCUAUAUACAGUUACAUGAUGAUGCUGUUGAACUUCUUGGAAUCGGAUGAUUUGUGA